AUGAGUACCGCCAGCUACGAGUCCUUCUUCCACACUCACAGGAGGCGCUAUGGGGACAGCUCCGUGCCCCGGACCUACGGAACUGUUCAGCAUUUCAGGACCAGCUACGGUGGGAGCAUGAAGCCUUCCUACACAACCUACUCGGUGCCGUCCUUCGCCGUCAGGAAAGCCCAUAGCGCUUCCUCGACCUUGAUGUCCUCACUGGACACCUUCGACCUGAGCCAGGCUAGCGUGGUGAGCAGCGAGUUCAAGGCGCUGAGGACCCAGGAGAAAGCUCAGCUCCAAGAUCUCAACGACCGCUUCGCCAGCUUCAUCGAGAAGGUGCACGAGUUGGAACAGCAGAACAAGGUGUUGGAAGCCGAGCUCUCGCUCCUGCGCCAGAAACACGGUGGACCCUCUAGACUGAAGGGCAUCUACGAGCAGGAACUCAGGGACCUGCGGAUGGCUCUUGACGAUGCCAAACACGAGAGGCAGGCGGCGCAGAACGAGAGGGACCACUUGGAGGACACCCUGAAGAAUCUGCAGAGCCGCUACGAGGAAGAGGUGUUAAACCGGGAGGAUGCCGAGGGCCGACUGAUGGAAGCGAGGAAGGGCUCGGACGAUGCGGCUUUGGCCAGGGCCGAGGUGGAGAAGAAGAUCGACAGCUUGAUGGACGAGAUCGCCUUCCUGAAGAAGCUCCACGAAGAGGAGAUUGCUGAGCUCCAGGCUCAGAUCCAGUACGCCCAGGUGACCGUGGAGGUGGACAUGGCCAAACCCGACCUGUCCUCCGCUCUGAGGGAGAUCCGGAGCCAGUACGAGAAGGUGGCGGCGAAGAACAUGCAAUCGGCCGAAGACUGGUACAAGAGCCGCUUCGCCGUGCUCAGCGAAAGCGUCUCCAAGGACAACGACGCCACCAAGCAAGCCAAGGACGAGGUGGCGGAAUACCGGCGCCUGGUCAAAGCCAAGACCCUGGAGAUCGACGGCGUGAGGGGGAUGAACGAGGCUUUGGAGAGGCAGCUCCAGGAACUGGACGAGAAACAAGGAGGGGAGAUCAGCGCACUGCAGGACGCCAUCGGCCAGUUGGAGAACGAGCUAAGGACCACCAAGAACGAGAUGGGACGCUACCUGAAAGAGUACCAGGACCUUCUGAACGUGAAAAUGGCUUUGGACAUCGAGAUCGCGGCCUACAGGAAGCUGCUGGAGGGUGAGGAGACACGGAUCAACUAUGCCAACGUGGGCGGUGUGAUCAGUGGCUAUGCCCACACCCAGAGUGCGCCCAUCUUCAGCAGACCUAGCUACACCCUGCAGAGCAGCUCCUACAUGCUGUCCAGCAGGCCCACCAUCUUCAGUGCCUAUUCCAGCAGUCAGGCUGAGGAAGAAGUCAUACAGCAAGCCCAGGCACUCUCAGCGCAAAUGGAACCUCCGGCAGAUGAGGUCGAAGAGGCAGAAGGUGAAGGUGAGGAAGAGGAAGCAGAAGAGGAAGGUGGAGAAGAAAACGGCGAAGAGGCAGAAGAAAAACAGGAGGAAGAAGGAGAGGAGAAAGGAGGAGAGGAGAAAGGAGGAGAGGAGGAAGGUGGAGAGGAGGAAGGAGGAGAGGAGGAAGGAGAAGAGAAGGAAGAUGAGGCCCAAGGGGAGAGCGAAGAGAAGGAAGAGGAGAAAGAAGCAGAGGGUGAAGAGCAGGAAGAAAGUAAAGAGAAAGGAGACGCGGCUGAUGAGAGCGCAGCGAAGGACGAAGAAAAGAAGUAGGGGCUGAAUGAAGAGCGAUCGCAGGGUGUUGAGUUGCAAAAUGGGAACCAAACCCAUCCAUCCAAUCAAAUGAGCCAAAGAUACAAUGCAAAAUGAUCCAAUGAAAGUUUAAUGCUUUAUGUGUUAAGAUUGACUCCGCACACAAUGUAAGAAAAUAAUGAAAUGCUUGUGCAGAUAGUAAACUUAAUGAUGUGUAAGCGUGGUUAAUGAGGAAUGCAAGCCAUGCAAUGAUACAAUUGACAUACAUGUCAGAAAUACUAGAGCAAUAUUGUAUUGUCAUUAUGCAGUAACUAUUAAAGCAAGGAUCAAUGUGCAAUUAUUUAGAAAAGUAACACAGGACAAUAUGAUAUGUUUGCAACAGGUUGAGUCACAAUGGAUGGUGCAAUCAA